UUAUCUCUUUUUUCUUUCGUUUUUUUAUUAUGAUCUCUCUUCUUCAGUUCCCAAACACACCAAAUCUCAUUUUCUUUUCUCUCUGUAAAGUUCUGGUCUUACCGAUUAAAAGUAUUAAUCUUUUUUCUUUUUUUGGAGGGGAAAAAAAUGGAUCUUGUUAACUCUGUGCUGAAUUGGGUGGUGCCCCCGACGAGUAUGGUGAUGAUGGCCUGUGCUUGGCCAGCUCUCUGCUUUAUCAGCGCUUGUGAAUGGCUUUACAGUACCUUCAACGAAGAGAAUAUGGAAGAUAAAGUGGUCAUUAUCACUGGAGCUUCUUCUGGAAUUGGGGAGCAAAUUGCAUACGAGUAUGCAAAAAGAGGGGCAAAUCUUGUAUUAGUUGCAAGAAGAGAGAAUAGACUGAGAGGAAUCAGCGAGAAUGCACGGCUUAUAGGGGCAAAGCAUGUGAUGAUUAUAGCUGCAGAUGUUGUCAAGGAAGAUGAUUGCAGGAGAUUUCUCAAUGAAACCAUCAACUUCCAUGGCCAUGUGGACCAUCUAGUGAACACAGUAAGUUUGGGUCACACAUUCUACUUCGAAGAAGUGACUGAUACAUCUGUCUUUCCCCACUUGUUGGACAUUAACUUUUGGGGAAAUGUUUAUCCAACAUUUGUGGCUCUUCCUUACCUAUACCGAAGCAAUGGUCGAGUCAUUGUUAAUGCCUCAGUAGAGAACUGGUUACCUCUGCCUAGAAUGAGCUUAUAUGCUGCGGCAAAGGCGGCUCUAAUAAACUUUUACGAGACACUGAGAUUCGAAGUAAAAGAUGAAGUGGGAAUAACAAUCGCCACACAUGGCUGGAUCGGGAGUGAGAUAAGUGGUGGCAAAUUCAUGCUAGAAGAAGGUGCUGAGAUGCAAUGGAAGGAAGAAAGAGAGGUCCAUGUGAUUGGUGGUCCAGUGGAGAAGUUUGCAAAGUUGAUAGUUUCUGGGGCUUGUAAAGGAGAUCCAUACGUAAAGUUUCCAAGUUGGUAUGACAUAUUCCUACUAUACAGGGUGUUUGCUCCAAAGAUUCUCAACUGGACUUUCCGUUUGCUUCUCUCACCCAAUGGUACUAGGAGAAGUACUUCCCUAGUGGGCACUGGGAGGCCUGUUGUUGCCGAAAGGGCCUUAUUAGAGGGCACCUCUCCUAGGAAGACUCUCAUCACAGGGGUACCCCUUACCUUCUCUCCUCUCAGCCCCCCUCACCAGCUAAAAUAUGAAUAAUAAGACCCCCAAAGUAAAAAGAGCCAGUAUCAUGGUUGAUGUGCAUGGUUGAUUAGCUUAUAAAUGUUUUGUUUGUUUAAAUUCGAUCUUUUUUCUUUUUAAACCUUUCU